AUGGAUGUGUUCGAUAGCUAUUGUCCUAGUUCGCAGGCUCUAACGUUUUUUGAUCCUGACGAGGGUUUAAUUGGCGCUGACACUCAAGGACCCGAUUUCGACGUGAUAGACUUUACUUUGCCCACACAGUCGCAAACGCAGUCUUCUCGUAUUGAUGUCAAGCCGCACUUAGAAAACAAUGAAGUGAGUUCUGACGACCAUAGCAAAAGUGUUGGAAGUCUUGUUGAGAAGGUCGAAAGUCUAAACCUACGCGCUUUGGACGAUGACGGGGAUGCUGCAGUUGAGGAACUCCCGGAACACGCUUGUGCUUAUUGUGGUAUUUGUGAUCCAGCAUCGGUUGUCUUAUGUACCAACUCAAAAAAAUGGUUCUGCAAUGGACGGGGAAAUACUUCAGGAAGUCACAUUGUCAACCACCUUGUCCGAUCGAGAUACAAGGAGGUUUCUUUGCACAAAGACAGUCCACUGAAAGACACUAUUUUAGAGUGCUACGUGUGUGGUUCACGGAAUGUGUUUCUUCUUGGCUUUGUGCCGGCGAAGGCAGAAUCCGUGGUGGUGCUACUGUGUAGACAUCCAUGCGCAAAUCAAAAUAAGGACAUGAAUUGGGACCCAACUCAAUGGCAGCCACUUAUUCAGGAUCGCCAGUUUUUAUCGUGGCUCGUUAAGGUUCCUAGCGAUGAGGAUCAAGCAAAGGCGCGUCAAAUAUCUGCUCAACAAAUAAAUCGCUUGGAAGAAUUGUGGAAGGAAAAUCCGGAAGCUGCAGUUGUAGAUUUGGAAAGACCUGGUAUUGAAAAGGAAGUUAAUCCUGUUCUAUUGAGGUAUGACGAUGCUACCCAUUAUUGUGAGACAUUUGUUCCCCUUAUUCGUCUGGAAGCUGAGUACGAUCGCAAAAUCAAAGAGUCGAUUAAAUUAGAAAAGGUUUGCGUUCGUUGGGAAGUGGCUUUGAAUCGAAAGAGGGUCGCGUAUUUUAGAAUUCCUGGGGCCAACGAAGGUCCUGAGUUGAGAAUCAUACACGGUGAUGAAUUAAUACUUAUCAAAUCGAGAGGUCUAGAAGAAGAAGCCAUGGAAGGUCAUGUAACCAAAAUACCUGAUAACUUCUCCGAUGAGGUUGCUCUGGAGAUGGAAUCUAUCCCUGAAACGUUUACAAAUGCUCCCUCAUACACGGUCGUUUUCAAAUGGAAAGGAACUACAUACGACAGGAUGAUUAAUGCCGUUGUCAACGUUAACAAGAUUCUGGAAAACUACAUUAAGUUGCGAAUCCUUGGUCGGGAAAUGGAAGACAUGGUUUUGAAAUGCAACCUUCCGAAGCGUUAUUCCGCUCCCGGACUUCCUGAACUGAAUCACAGUCAGGUUUAUGCGGUGAAAACUGUCCUUCAGCGUCCUCUCAGUUUGAUUCAAGGUCCUCCAGGAACUGGAAAAACUGUCACUUCUGCCACCAUUGUGUAUCAUCUGAGUCAAAUACAUAAGGGAAAGGUCUUGGUUGUUGCCCCCAGCAACACGGCUGUUGACCAGUUGUGUGAAAAGAUUGACCAAACGGGCCUUAAAGUGGUUCGGGUCUGUGCCCGUUCGAGGGAGGCUCUGGUUUCUCCGGUCUCGCGGUUAACCCUUCACGUUCAGGCUCAAAACGUCAAUGGGCAAACGGAACUGAGGAAGCUACAGCAACUAAAAGAUGAAGCUGGAGAACUAAGUAAAGAGGACGAGAACAGAUACAGAACAUUGAAGAAGGCAUUGGAGGAUGAAAUUCUCCACGCUGCAGAUGUAGUCUGCUGUACAUGUGUGACUGCUGGAUCAAAACGAUUAUGGAUGGGUUUUCACUCCGUACUAAUCGAUGAAUCAACACAAGCAACCGAACCCGAGUGCUUAAUUCCUCUGAUGGUUGGAUGCCGUCAGGUAGUUCUUGUUGGUGACCACUGUCAAUUGGGACCGGUUAUCACAUGUAAAAAAGCAGCCAAAGCUGGACUCACUCAAAGUCUCUUCGAACGCCUCGUUCUUCUUGGCAUUCGUCCCAUCCGUUUGCAGGUCCAAUAUCGUAUGCAUCCGGCAUUAUCUGCUUUCCCAAGCAAUGUGUUCUAUGAAGGGAGCUUGCAGAAUGGUGUGACUACGGAGGAUCGUUGCAAAAAGAUAGAUUUUCCAUGGCCUAAUCCAGAUCGACCAAUGUUUUUCUACUGUACUUCGGGUCAGGAGGAGAUAUCCGGUAACGGGGUCUCUUACCUUAAUCGAACCGAAGCUGCGACAGUCGAGAAAAUUGUGACAAAGAUGCUGAAAGUGGGCGUAAAUCCUUCCACAAUCGGCGUUAUUACUCCUUACGAGGGUCAGCGUGCCUACAUUGUGCACUACUUCCACCAAUCCGGUUCACUAAACUCCAAACUUUACCAGGAGGUUGAGGUUGCCAGUGUAGACGCCUUCCAAGGCCGUGAGAAGGAUUACGUAAUACUUUCAUGUGUACGUGCGAACGAGCAUCAAGGAAUCGGUUUUCUUAACGACCCUCGGCGUCUCAAUGUUGCUCUCACGCGAGCUAAGUUUGGGAUGAUUGUUGUUGGCAACCCCAAAGCCCUUUGCAAACAACCACUAUGGAACCAUUUGCUGCAUUUCUACAAGGAUCAACACUUACUUGUCGAGGGUCCAUUGAAUAAUCUAACUGAAUACGUACUUAACUUCCCGAAGCCAAAAGUUCCAUACAGCUACAAACCGGGAACUCAUAGCUUCAAUCAAUUGGCAGCAACGCUUGCCCAGGCUGCAAUGGACUCUCGUUCAAAGUUGUCCACGCAUCAAGGUGCCUUGGUUCAGUCCCAUGGUACUGGCUCGGCUAAUUUUUCAACUCCCGCAAUGAACUUCAUGCAGGCGAUGGCGGCGGCAGCCGCUUCCUACUUUGGUACUGGUGGAGCUGGGAAUCCCAAUGUUGUGAACUCAGGGUCUUCGAACUCUACGGCUAAUCAUGCUGCUGCCUACGCAGUUGCUGCAGCCGCUGCUGCCCAUCAGGGCGUGGCUUUUCCAAGACCUGAUCAACAGCCUGGGUUCGGUUCAGUCAACCCUUACCUGUUCGACCAAAUGGGAUUUAUUAGUCCCAAUCAACAGUUUGCCACCGCGAACGCAAAUUCCAACCUACCUAUACCACUGAGCAUGAUGUACAAUCCAACUGGACGUUCGAAUCGAACGCAGGAUUCGAGCUUCUAUGGAGCCAUGCGAAGCCAGUCGGAUGUUGGAAUUGGUGCAGCAAAUCCUCGCUCAUCGGGGUCUGUGGCUCCUCGAUAUAAUGCCUCUCGCCAGCAGCGCUUGGGGUCAUCGACCGCUAACCAGCAAAAUGCAAUGAACACACAAUCUUUGUUACUCUCUCAGGCAGCCGGUGGAAACGCAAAUGGAACUGCUGUUGGCAUGCUCUCCCAACAGGGAGUUACUAACUGGUCCUCUGGCCGCUACACUGCUGAUGGAUUUUCUGGCAAAACAGCAGAAGGAACGGUUCAGCAAGCCGUGGGUCAUGUGGGACUCUCAGGCCUUUCCCAAGAUAGUGUGGCUCUUGAUUUCGCGCCUGGCGCUAGCCAAAUAGACAAUCUCCUCUUGUCUCAAGACGCUGCAUUUCAAGGUCCUGCGGCUAGUACGUUGUCCUCGGACAGAUCGGGUGCGAAUCCGAUCGCACUAACUAUCGACGGCCUUGGCUUCACUGAUGUGCCUGAUAACAUUGAUGGAUCCGCAAACGAUGUCUCUGGUUCCUCCGGAGCUCCUUUAUCGCACGCAGUGUCUGUUGCUCUCGCGCAGCGUUCGGAGUUGCGUAUGCUGAACCAAACCUACGGAUCUCUGGAAUUCGACAAGCACAUCCCUCACUCACUGAAAAACCCCUAUAUGUUGGAAUGGUGGGACAUUGCUCAUCGAGUCUUUACUUCCUGUAACGUUCAUCGGGACACUUUGAAAAUGACCGUAUGUAGUAGCAAUCUUCAGCUCAGGAAUGGAGUCCCCGACUUUAUGUCAACCUUGAAUAGUCAUAAUAUCCCUAUGGUGAUCUUCUCAGCUGGCCUUGGAGAUAUUAUUGAAUGGAUAUUGGAGAGGGCAGGCCUUCUCUAUGGAAACGUCAAGGUUGCCUCUAACUUCAUGAACUUCGAUGAGAAGGGGCUGCUUGUGGGUUUUCAAUCGCCAUGCAUUCACACGUUCAACAAGACCUUUGGCGGUCUUGCCUUGAGCGAUGAGGACCGUGGUGCGUUUUCGAAGAGACGUUGCGUUAUGCUUCUGGGUGACUCCUUGUUCGAUCAUCAUAUGGCUGACGGAUUGAUUGAAGAGGACAUAAGGGAGGACAUUGGUGAAAGUGAUGUUUCGAUUAUCCUCACAAUUGGCUUUUUGAAUGGGAAAUUCCAAGGUGACAAAAAUGCGGAUAACUAG